AAAUAGCGUCUUUUCAGUUGCUAAAGCAAGGUGUGGCAAAAGAGGGUAUUUAUUUUAUCACUCGGGUCUUAAUUGUAUACCUCAUCUCAUAAUAUCUGGUGAUGAAAAAUAGUACUUAGUUAAAAAGUGUCGCAUCACGAUUAAUGACGUGGAUGUAGGUUAGGUUAUGCUCCUCGUUAUAAUUCUUACCUAAAUCUGGUUGAAGGAAGCACUGUAAUAAAAAUAAUUUAAAAGUCCAACAUUAUACGGUUAUAAUGUUUGAGAUUACAGAUACACAAAAAAUUGGAGUGGGCCUAGCUGGAUUUGGAAUAUCCUUCCUUUUUCUUGGAGUUUUACUGCUUUUUGACAAAGGUCUUCUUGCUAUUGGAAAUAUCCUGUUUAUAUCUGGAUUAGCAUGCGUUAUUGGACCAAGGAGAACUCUAAACUUCUUUUUUCAGAAACAUAAGAUAAAAGCUAGUAUCUCAUUUCUAGGAGGUAUUAUUGUAGUCCUUAUGGGUUGGCCUAUUGUAGGCAUGAUCUUAGAAACAUAUGGUUUUGUAUUAUUAUUCAGUGGUUUUCUACCAGUAGCAAUAAACUUUUUACGGAGAGUACCUCUUUUGGGUACCAUUUUAAAUAUGCCAGGUUUAAGUCGAAUUCUUGAUAUGAUAGCAGGGGAUUCGAAUAGAACGACUGUAUGAUACCGUUCUUAAUACCGUCGCUCAAACACUGUAUAUAAGAUCUAUUUUAUAUUAUGUCCCAAGUUUUUCUGUCAUUCCUCUUUAGGAUUCCAUAGAUCUCUUUUUGUAUUGUGUAAAUAUCAAGCAUAACCAUCAAAGUUCAAUUGCAUCUCAGUCAUUCAUUUUAAGGAUAGUCUUAUAUAAAAUAAUAUAUAAAUCAUUUUCAUAUAAAUUAAUGUAUUAUUGUAAUGUGUGUUAGUGUUGUUAAAAUCAUUCGAAAAAUUCAAAUUCAGGCGUAGUUCCAUUUAAAAUCUGAGUAAAGUAUGACUUUUCAAACUACUUAAUUUGCUGUAUCAGCAGGUUAAUCAAUAAAAUCUUGUACUUUUCAUUUGAAGCGCUUGUUAGGAUACAGUUCAUUUAAUGAAACGUCCGAAAUGAUGAACGUCUAAUGAAUGUGCAUUGAAAUACAAUUUUACUAUAUAAAAAUGUGUAUAAUUUUAUCAUUUCUAUUCGCCUGAUGAAGAUGAAACUAAAACAUUAUGAAAUAAAGUUUGGGAUUCAA